AUGCAGACUGCUGGCCUGAUUCAACUCAGCCUCAGAAGGCACUUCCACUUGACAGUCAAGCAGCACAAGAACGACCUGAAGAGGAUGAUGGAGGUCCUUGAUGAGCAGUUCAAGCCCAAGGCCAACACCAGCAAGCUAGACAUGCUGAUGCAACUGACGAACAUCAAGUGCAAUUGUGAUGAAGACCUGGACUCCUACUUUGGCCACAUUGACUCACUGGCUGGGGAGCUGGAAGCCAACAGCCUGAAGCUCCCCAAGAUCUUCAUCCUCAUGGUCACACUCAACAGCUUGCCUUCCAACUACAACCCAGUCCAAACAGUCAUCAAUAGCAACAACGACAUCACCAUCGUCAAGGCCCAGAAGAUGCUGCACAAUCAAGAGGCACUGCUGCACACACGGGGAGACCACAUAGAAUCAGCCAACUACAUGGCGAAGCAGCGCAGGCGUGGAAAGGGGCAGCCUCAUGGAUACAACCAUUCCAGCCACAAGGAGAAGAAGAGGAAGCCAAUCCAGAACAAGGAGCUCAAGUGCUACCAGUGUGGUGCCACAUGUCAUGUCACCUGCAAUCAGGACUGGCUCCACAACUACGUUGACCUCACCAGCAAAUCCCACAACCUGAUCCUCAGCAACAACUUCAAGUGCCAUAUUCAUGGCUAUGGCACACUUCACACCACCACUCAUGUGGAUGGGGGCAAGCGCAAGGUCACAUUCCAGAAAGUCCUCUACACGCUGGAGCUAGCCAAGAAUCUACUCUCAACAGCACACAUCACCAGCAAGGGCUGCCAACUCACCAUCAACACACAGGGCUGCCAAGUCAACAACCACCAAGGCUGA